AUGAUAUCAGCUGGGUUGGCUGCUAUAGCAUAUUGUGAUUACAAUCUCGUGGAGGCGGUGACUUGGAAUGAAAACGUAGUUGAAAUCGACCCUCUUGUUAUCUCGGCCUCAGUUAAAGCUAUGGGGUUUCCAGCUUUCUCAGUUGUUACUCCGUCGGGCAAGCGUACUGUCUCAAAACCCGAUACCAUGGAUGAGGUUCUGUGGAAAUGCAUCCACGAGAGGCUGUUCCUCUAUGAGUCCGAUGCUGAGGAGUUCAUUCUCAACAACACCAGCUUGUACGAUAUGAUCUUCAUUGAUGCUUAUGAUGGCGAAGAUAUCUUCCCUCACAAAUUAUGGGAUCCACAUUCCCCAUUUUUAAAAGCUCUCAGCAAUUGGCUUCGCCCUGAACAUGGCACGGUUGUGGCGAACCUUCAUUCAGACACUGAGAUCUUGAACCCUGAUGGCUCUGCUCCAUCCGUUCUGCAGCAAACCUUGCCAAUGGGAAAGUACGUCUCGGGGUUUGCCGGGCAUACAAGGACGUGGCAGUAG